AAUGCAUUAUCCUGAAUUCUCUAUUGAAAAGAAAACUUUUAAUGUUAUCAAUGAUUGUUAUAAUUUUUGUUUAAAUGAUAGUAGUUGUGUUGCUAUGGUAAUAAGAUAUCUUGAUUUUCCUGUAAACAAUAUCUUUGAAUGCGAUAUAAAAAAUGCCAUUGUGAAUGGUUUGACAUCAAAUUCUCAUUAUAAUACAAGUAUAUUGAAAGAUAAGAAAGAUGCUAUAUGCGGUUUCUCGAAUCCUCCUCAUGAAGAGUGCUAUCGGUUAUUGUGGAAAACAGUUGGCUGUAAAGAUAGUGCAUUUGAAAUGGACGGCAAUUGGCAAACUAAGAAUGUUAAUGAAGUUUUAGACGAUAUGAGAAUGUUACAUAAUUCAGUAAGGAUACAUAUUGAUCAGAUAAAUUACAAUACAAAUAGAGUAAAAUGUUUUGGCUUAACUUCCGUAUCGGAUAAAAAUAUUGCUCUUUAUCGUUCAUCUUCUGGGGUAACACAAUCAGGAGAUGUUAAUAAUAGAGCUCACGCAACAGAUGGUAUAACUUUGCCUGAUGCGUCAUUAGUUAUUCAAAUUGUAGAUGUCGUCGUUUCGGGAGCCCCUAAUACUUGUAAAAUGGAAGUUGAAUUAAAUAAUGGAACAUCAACUGAAGUUGUAUGUAUGAGUAGCGUUCAAAGGGGAAAUUCGGUAUACAUCCGGCAUACGGAUAGUAAUCCAAGAUACAUAUGUGAAGUAGAAGUUUAUGUUGAAUUUCAGAUAAUACAGAAUGAUUUAGUGUUAAAGUUGGCGGAUGAAAAUCCAGCUAAAUCGUGGUUGAAUGUAAAUAAAACGCUAUGUGGAAAUGUUCAAACAAAUCCUGAUAGUCUUGGAAAGAUAACAACCGUCUGCAAAGACGGUGGUGUUUCUGGUCAAUUUGUCAUAUUGGAACAGAAUUCAGUCUUUGAAAUAACCUUUAAUUUAAGUAGUAUUGAAGUAUUUGGUGAUUAUGUUGGUGAACCAGUCCAAGAUUCAGUUAAUAUUUUAAAGAGAAAAAUGGUUGUAUCUUGGGGAAAGAUGACCGAUAUUCUGGUGAUAGAUGACAAUAUAAAUACUUUUAUGGGUGGUACCGGAGAGAGAAACAAUUGGAUAUUAAUUGAUUUACUAGAGAAUUACCAAAUCUCUGCAUUUGGAGUUAUGAACUCUAACACCUUUAUGGGAGUUGAAAAAUUUACUGUUUAUAUGUCCUACGGCUACGAACAUUCAUCAUCCGAUUUUAAUGAUAAAAGCAAAAAUUGCGUCACUAAUACUGAUGAUAUUUUGUUAUAUGGAUAUCGAAUUUUUAAAUGUGAUAAUCCUAAUCCAAUUGGCCGUUCGUUGGUCGUUUAUUUCCUUGGUGAACCGUCUAUUACUUUUGCUGAAAUUGAAGCAUAUGGAACUGAAAUAUUAAGUGAUAAUUUCACCAGAUUAAAACUAGUAAAAGUAGACGAAAAUUCAGAAAUUAAACCGAGUUAUUAUUAUCUUAAAUUUCCAAUAAAAGUAAUUGAUGGAAAUAACUUCAACUACUUUAUAAAUAGACUUGAAACAUCUUGUACGGAAGUUUUACAUUGGCAGGAGAGUAGAAUCUCCGUUUAUUUGCAAUCAACAUAUAGAAUUGAACAAGUAGUAGUAAUGAUAAGUCAGACUAGUGAGGUCUUUAGAAAUGUUUUAGUAUCGGUUGAACAGAACUCUAGAACUCCCGAAAGGAAAAUAUGCGGUCAAUCUAUCGAUCAAUGGAAGAAUAGGCAUUCCCUAAUACAUUUCAACUGUUCCUUAAUUGGUGAUAAAGUAUCAUUUUAUCGUAGUCAUGGAAAUCGAAAACUUAUUCUUUGCGAAGUUGUUGUUUAUGGAAAAAAUUUAAAUUCACUUGAAAAGAGAUUUGGAUUUCAAGUAAACGAAACUUUUCAGGGAGGCGAUAUAAAAGUCUACGGAUUCGAUGGUGAAUCUAAAAUUGAAUGUGAUAUUUGGAAGAAGAAUAUUGUAAUUAUUUCAAACACAACACUAUUCUUUGAAUGCUUUAUCAAUAUGGCAAUAAAAUCGAUUCUAAUGGAAUCAGACACCAAUAUUAUUCAAUUUUGUGAUUUUUACAUUAUUGCACAGAAUAAACCAUUAAAUUUAGGUAUGUAA